GUCUCUUGCCGAUUGUCAUACUAAGAACUCGCCAUGUCAAGAGAGAGUUCGCCGUCUUCACCAGGCCCAACGUCAAAUAGUGCUCAAGCAGAGACUUCGUCACAAUCUUCGGCGCAGUGCAGCUUGUUGCCAGUGUCACCACUCGUUGCAGGCACAUCAUCAACAGACUCAACUCCACCCUCCUCAUCCGACCGCAAUCCUACAUCAAAUAAACCUGUCCAGCCAUCAUCUUCUGGAAGUGGGUCAAGCACAGGAGGAUCACAGUCAGCGUUUGUUAUACCACCCUUGGCAAAGCUGACCCGCUAUUCCUCCGAAAGUUCAGAAGCUUCAAGUUCCCCCGAUGUCGACUCCAAUAAAUGCACCCCUCUAUUCAAUUGCAAAUGUGACUUUAGAGCUAUUGGGUGUGGGAAGUAUGGGCAAGUGUUUGAGGUUAAUAACAAGGGGAGUGUAUACGCCGCAAAAGAAUAUUACAACGUUUCUCCAGAAAAGUUGAAUACAAUUUUUUCGAAAUUGAGCAAUCUCAGACACGACAACCUAGUGACCUAUCAUGGUGUAUAUAAGAAGAUAGACCCAGACAAUAGCGAACGUGCAGUAGUUUUUAUGGAUCUCAUUCACCUAAGCUUACCAGCUGUUAUCGAAGACACCUCCAGGGAUCUCGAUACACGCACGACACUUUCGAUUCUUUGUGAUAUAGCACAUGGUUUAAUUUUUCUUCACAAGCAAGGCAUUUUUCAUUGCGAUUUGAUCCCAAACAAUGUUCUUCUGACGGCUGAGCUUCGAGCCAAGGUUUCGGACUACGGUAAUGCUCGUGUUGAUCUGGUAACCACUCAUCACGAUCGCUAUACUUGCGACUACCUACCUCCUGAAGCUAUUGAGGGGGAUUCUCCAGACGCUAAAGUUGAUGUCUUCUCUUUUGGACAUUUGCUUAUGUACAUAGUUUUGCGGUAUCAACCUCACCCCCUAGAGAAAGCGGUAUACAAAGAAAAUGGACAGCACAUGGCGCGAUCCGAAUUGGCACGUCGAGAAAGGUUUGUUACUAAACUAACUGUCAAAAUUGAGAAUGGCGAAUUACAGCCACUUUUACAAUGGACGAAAUCAUGUCUGGAUAAUGAUGCAUGCAACAGGCCUGUAUUAACUGAUUUUUUUUCUGUCACUAAAACCUGCAAAUUUUAAAUUUUCUUUUUUGUACCAUCUAAAAUUAUUGCACCGUCACUGUCACAGCUGCACAUUAAGAUACCACUGGAGAAUUAUUUAAAAAUUCCACUUGUAAUACCAUUUGAUAUAAUAUCUUUACAACUAGGCCUAUCAUGUGGUUCAUUAUGAAGACAUUUUACUAUGGUUAGAUAAAGUGGAUGCUGUUCUCCACGAUCCAAAGCUUUGCUCACUUCUUUCAAAUACUUGUGACGUCGUUGAACUUCAUUUCGAGCAGCUAGUUUUCCAUUCACAGAAUAGGUUGAACUUAGAAGUUUGGAUGGUCGCCUUGCGAUGAUGAUAUGUAUAGCAAGAUGACCGUAUGAAAAGACAUCCAAUUUAUCGUUGUAUGCAUCACUCUCUGCUUCUGGUGGCAUGUAGUCAGGUGUGCCAGGAUUUGUUGUUAGAAGUUCCGGUGUUCCAUGUAGAUCUACGAUGCGAGAGUUUCCGAAAUCACUGAUUUUUGCAUCUCCAUUCCUAUUUAGUAGCACAUUUCCAGCUGUCAGAUCUCUGUGGAUGAUAGCGGGGUCUUGACUGUGUAGAUGGUGCAGUCCCUUUGCAAUAUCGUACAAGAUUCGUAGCUUCACGGGGAGAGUAAUACCUUUUAGUAGGUAUGCAGUCAAGUUAAUGUCUGCUUUUUCCAUCACUAUGACAGUUGAUUUAUCUUCUAAUCUACAUAUGUUGUAGUAAGACACGAUGUUCGGAUGGCGAAUUCGUGCCAGGAUUUCAUGCUCGCGACAAAGAGAUUGAAGUACGCGGUUGUCAUGAAGCAUUCUAUACUUUUUAGCUGCAUAAUAUUUGCCCCGGUAUGUGACUUCCAAUACAUCACUGUAAGCACCUUGGCCCAACAAAACUCCAGUUGGAUACACGAUGCAAUUUGGGAGAUUUGGGCAAUCUUCUUCACCUUUUUAUACAUACAAUAAGUAAUCAAUAUGCAUUUUAAAAGUAUUGUUACUUACCAGGUGGAAUGGCUCUAGCUGCAUCAUAAGUGGGAAACACAGGUAUAUAAUUAUGAUGACAGUAAUGAAAGUACUAAAGUGCAAACCCUCGGCACACUAUUAUAGGAAUGCAUGUUUGCAACACCGCUGGCCAGUACCACACGUGCAGU